AUGGAAGACUACGAUGUGCUUUACAAAACAGUGAUGAUGGGAGACUCUGGUGCAGGAAAGACGUGUCUUUUAAUGCGGUUUACACGGAACGAGUUUGAUGCUGAAAAGAAGUCCACAAUUGGUGUCGAAUUUUCUUCGAAGCAAAUACAGUACAAAGACUCUGCUGUUCGCAUACAAAUAUGGGAUACUGCGGGACAAGAAAGAUAUCGAGCAAUAACUGGUGCUUAUUAUCGCGGUUCUUUAGGUGCUGUCAUGGUCUAUGACGUAACAAAAAAGAGCAGUUUUGAAGCACUCGACCGAUGGCACAAUGAACUGAUUGAAAAUGGUGAUAAGAGUGUUGUGAAAAUGGUGAUUGGCAACAAAUGUGAUUUGGAGCAGAUGCGUGAAGUCACCACAGAAGAAGCGGAAGAGUUCGCCAAAAAGACUGGCUCUUACUUCUUCGAGACUUCGGCGAUGGACGGGACAAAUGUCGAGAAGGCUUUCAUGCAAAUGAUUGAGACAAUAUGUGACAGACAGUUCGAAAAAAAGGCGGCAGAGGCCAAACCCGCACAGAAACCGUUUUUAGAGGAGCGUGUCGUCAUCGAAGACCCGCAAGUCCCUCAAGAACCUCCAAAGAAAAAAUUCCAAUGUUGUUAA